CUAGAAAGUGUGUUGGAUGGAUCGGAGAAGCGACCACGAGCUGACUCUGGGGAGGCGUCUACUGGAGCAACCAGCCAAGUGGGAUCCGGGGCUGGGGGAGCGUCGUUGAGUGGGGUGAAGGAAGGAGGAACUGCUACAACUCGAACCGGAAGGUCGCAACCAAGUAGCGAGGAGUUGCUCAAAGCUCAAGAAGCAUGGGAUCGGAAGGAUCGCCAGGCUUUUCAGUACCUGUGUUGGGCUUUGGAGGGGCAACUUGAGCUUCUUAAGAUGCUGAUUGACCUGAAGGGGAAGGAAGGUGCAGCGGCUGCAGCUUGGAAAAGAGUACAAGAUAGGCACUUGCAGAAAGGGCUUCUAAGCGUGCUUACUUGGCGGAAGCGGUUUUACACCAUGGAGCGGAACUAUGGGGAGGGGGAGACCAUGGUUCAGUAUCUCCAGAGGGUGGAUGAGAAUGUGCGGGCUUUGGAGGAGCUGGAUUACACGGCGGUGGAUACGCUAUGUGGAGAGGGAGUCAGGGGCCAAGGUGAAGGUGUUAAGGUCAGAUCGGGGUGGAGAUCUGCCAUUGCCCUUGCACAGAAUGCAUGCUUGCAUGGCCGCACCAAACACAUGCAGGUCCGGUGGCAUUUCAUUCGGGAGAUGGUAGCUGCGGGUGAGGUGAUUUUGCAGUGGUGCCCCACCAACCGUCAGGCUGCUGAUAUUCUUACCAAGUCUCUUCCAUUUGAGCGUCAUGGGAACCAGCCAUUUCCCACCUCCACCCACGCACUCCCAUUUCCCUUUCGUCUGUCGCCCCUUCACCUCCGGCACGUCAGCCCUCGCCUCCCUUGUUACAACUCGAGACAAGUGCGGGAAAGUGCGUACCCCAAAUCCAUUUACAGUCCUCGAGGGCGGUGCGCGAAUCGAAUGGAAGCGAGAGGACAAGACGGGAAGGAGGGGGGCCGUGGGAAAUCGCAGAGCAACGAAGCCACUGAGAGCUGCGAGGAUAUGCUUAAAGCCACGGACUGGGGUGUUUCGGAUGGGCGCUGGGAGAACGGCCGCGGUGGUGGCGCGGAGGUCGCGCCUGGAAGCGGCGGGGAUGAGAUUUCGCCGCGCCGGCUGCUUGCAAUACUUCGCGCCCGCUCCACGCCUCUGAAUCCCACAGGCGAAAACGCAGGUGAACGCGCUGGCGAAAACGGUGGCGAAGCUGCAGGCGAAAUCGGUGGCGAAAACGCGGGAAAGGCGGGGCGAAAGCUGGUGGAAGCGUUUCUUGACGCUCGCGAGGCGCGGGCGAUCGUUCGACAGAGCACGCGGGAGGGGAAGGGGGAGGGGAAGGUGAGGCGGAGAGGGAGGAGAGGCCGAAGGCAGAGCGGAAGGGGAGAGCAAAGGGAGGGGAGAAGGGAAGGGGGAGGGCGAAGCGAUGACAGGGGAAGGGGUGACAGGGGCGAAACAGUUGAAGGGCAUGUGAGAGGGGAUCGCGGCACGGAUGAUGGCGACGCGAGUGGCAGCGACGGGAGCAGUGAGUAUGAGGACGAGGGGGAUGAGGGCGAGGGGGAUGAGGACGAGGAUGCGGAUGACGAUGCGGAGGAGGGCGGCGGUGUUCUGGGCGAGCUGUUUCCCGUCGAGGGGGCGGGGUGGCAGGCGGAGAGGAUGCGCGCGGAUGUCGGGGAGACAAGGGGGGAGGAGCCGCCACGAGCAGACGGCGCUGCCGCCGCCGCUGCUGCUGCUGCUGCUGCCGCCGCCGCCGCCGCCGCUGCUGCUGCUGCUGCUGACGUGGAUGCCGCGCCUUUGGUGUCGUCUCAAAACCGAGGUGUUUAUGGCGUAGGUGCUGCAGCUGCUCACAUAGAUUUUGCAACUUUAGAGUCCUCGAAAAAACUUGGUGUUUAUGAUGCUGGUGCUGGUGCUGGUGCUGGUGCUGCGCGUGGGGCCGCGUCGAAUGGGGGUGCUGGUGCAGAAGGGGCGCUCACGGCGUCUGCGCCCUUGGGGUCGAGCAGAGAAGGAUGGGGCGAGAUGGGGGCAGGGCAGGGGCGAGCGGGGGGGGGGGAUGGAGAGUGCAGGGCAGGACGGGCAGGCGGAGUAUGGGCGCCCGAGGCGUCCAGCAGAGAGGGAGCGGGCGAGGGGGGUGGGGAGGAUGAGGCUUUGGAGAAAGCGGACGGUUCCAAGGGCACGCAUGUCGAGAAGCUCACGGGAAGCAGCGAGGGUGUGGGAGGGGCGAGGCUCGUGGAGCCGCCUGCUCAAGGGGCGCGAGGAGGGGUGGCAGGCGAGGGGGGCGGGCGUGGCGAGGAGCUGACAGGAAGCAGCAAGGGCGAGUUCACGCCGCGCCACCUGCUGGCAUUCCUCCGCGCCCGGGCUGCCGGCGCUAGUGCUGCCGGCGCUGGUGCUGCCGGCGCUGGUGCUGCCGGCGCUGCGGUGCGUCUGAAGCAGGCGGGCCAGCGGUCUGACACAGGCAGUGGCGAGAUUGGGGGCGGGCAGUGGCGAGGGAUGGUAGCAUCGUUUCUGCGCGCAAGAGAGGCGCGGGCGACUGUUAGGAAGGUGAAGUGGGCGGGUGGAGACGAGGGAGUGAGAACGAGGCAGGAAAAACGGAGGGCGAAAGAGCAGAGGAGGAAGGGGAGGAGAAGUGGGGGAGUCUUGAGCUGGCACGGGAGGGGAGAAGGGGGUAAGGGAGUGGUUGAUGGCGGGGAGGAGGAGGGGUUGGAAGGGCGUGAGGCCAUUCAUAACGAGGACGGGAAGAGCGGGGAUGUGUGGGAGGAUGACUUGGGGGACCUGUUUCACGUGGAGGGCUUCGACCGCUGCGAGCAAGUGGUGCUGGAGGAGCGAGCCGGGGGCGGGGAGUGCAGGGCGGUGGCGCUGCCAAGACUGGCUGAGGUGGAAGAACAACCGGGAUGGAGCAAGGACUCGGCGUGCAUCCUCCUCAUCCGUACCUACGCAGCGCACACUUCCGACUCCGAUGCUUGUGAUGAGGAGGUCCAACACCCCCACGCUGAGCCUGGUGAUGCCACCCCUCCCUCUCCUGCUGCUGAAGCAGGGAGCGGUGUGAGAGCAGCUGCUGCUGUGACUCACCCUUCCAAGGGUUCGAUUAAAGAGAGGCGGAGUCGCAGGGAGCGAGUGGACAGUGCGGGCGUAGAGAAACUGGCUGCUGGUAUGCCCCUUUCUUCCCAAGAUGCAAACGAGGCGUCUAGAAGGCAGCGGAUGGGAGAAACUGCGUGUGAGACUCCUCAAAGGAGAAGGGAGCGACUUCGACCCCGUGUGGGUGAGAUCAAGGGAAGCACGAGGUUCGGGAUGGGGAUGGGCGGCGUUGGGGGGAGGCAGGCUGUGGGAAGUGCAGGGGAGAAAAGGGUUGCUUUCGAUCUGACUCACGAGCCGGAAGAGGCACUCGAAGGUAAGAAGGGGGUUGGGCGUUCAGAGGGAGCUGAGGGGGCGGGAGGGGUGAAGGAGGGGGAGAGAAGGCGCCGGGAGGGAGAGGGGGGUGCGAUUGGGGGGAGGGCAAUGGAAGGGGAGAGCAAGAAGAGAGUGAGAGGCAAGGAGAGGGUACGAGAUAGGAGGGCGAGCGAGCGAGAGACGGAUGACAGGGGGGAGAGGGCGAAGAAUCAAGCCAGGGAUACAUUGGGCAAGUUCGUUACAUGCACGGCGGUGGAAGGGAGGGAGGAAGGGAGAAAGAGGCAGAGAGGAGGAGGCGUUGGAAGAGGUCUGGGUGUGCAAGGAGGGGGAUUAGUGGGGCGAGUGGGAGAUCGUGAGGGGGGAGAGAGCGAGCAGGGGGCAGUGGGGCUGGAGGGCGGAGCAGCAGCGGUCCCAGGGACACCUGACCAGGGCGAGGGGAAGAGGCGCAGGGUUGGCGUGUCAGCAACAGCUGCACCGACGGUUGCAGCAGCAGCAAGGUCAGCAGAAAGAUCAGCAGCACGGGCAGCAGCGACAGCGCUACCACCAACAGUAAAAGCAGCAGCAACAGCAGGACCACCACCAAUAGCACAACCAGCACCAGCACCAGCACCACCAGCAACACCAGCAACACCAGCACGACCGGCAUCAGCAGCACCACCAGCUGCAGCAGCAGCGCCACCACCAGCAGCAGCAUCAACACCAGCACCAGCACCAGCACCACCACAAGCACCAGGGCGGGCAACAGGAAACGAUGCAAGCGAGCGAUCCUCCCUACAAGACACUCUGCGGAACUCUCUACAGAGCAUCGGGUUCGACCGCGCCAAGAGGGAGAUCGCCAAAGAGCUGAAGCGGCAGCAGGUGUCGGUGGCAGCGAGUGCCAUGAGGGCAGUGCAGGAGGCGAGGAGAGAGGAGGAGCGGGGUGUGAGGGAGAUGAGGGCUCUGGAAGCAGCGGAGGAGACGAGAAUCGAGGGGGUGAGGGCGCACUAUGACCGGCGGAUUAAUGAUUUCAUGCAGGGGCUGUUUCAGGAGAUCAAUGAGAGGAGCGCACGGAGAGGUGAUACCGGGUGAUUGGUGCAGACGGUGGGUGAAACGUUGGACUGCAGAACGAUGAAGGAAGACACUUCACCCUGGAAUCAGGGAUUCUGCAGCGCUGCAACUCUGACUGAAUCUGGGUUUGUGUAUGAGACACCUGUCAACUUAUACAUAUCAUGCAUGUAGAAGUUAUAGGAUAGUAUCGGUGUGUGCUCUUAGUGAGUACAACCCAACUGCUAUAUGUUCCCUGUUUCCCCUCUAGUAAUUUAUUC